AUGAUUAAGGAGAAAAUGAAAGAGAAAGAGGACAAUGAGAGGGAUAGAGAGGGUAGUAAGCUAUUAUUGAAGAAGGGCAAACUAGCCAAGAGUAAAUCAAAAAGCAAAUCUUCGACUAAGGUAUCUUUGAAGGAGUUUGUAAAUCAAGUGGAUCAACUAUCUACUGAUGAUAUGCCUAAUGUACUUCCCCGCCGGUCUACACGCAUUCGAGGCCCCCCCAAAUCCCUUUCACUUGGAGAUUUUGUGGGACCGUGGCAAGGGCCCUCAAAUGUAAACAAGAGGGGAUUGAGGGACGUAGAUUCGGAGGAUAGCUCAAUUGAGUGUGACUGUGAUCUUGGUACAGCACAGUUUCGAUGGACUGUGGAAAUGCAAGCCUCACCUGAGCAAUCACCAAAGCAGCAUCAAACACCUAAUGCAUGGAACACACCAACUAGAGUGCUAACUGAUGUUGAGCAGUGGCCAAAAUUGACCACUGUGUCCCCAUUGGUGGCAAACGAAAUGAUGUUGUCAAAUAAAUUUGGCUCACUUAGUGUUGAUCAAAGAAAAGAAGUAAUGGGUUCCAAGCAACGAGAGAGUGAUAAGCCCGUCCGAGCUUGUCGAAAUGAGGAUUCGGUUGAUCUACAUAUAGAAGAUGGUAGUGAAGGUCUGGAUACACUUGCUAUAUCAGGUAAAUCUCUACAAGUUGGGAGCUCUUUAAUUAAAGAGGAGAUUAACCAGGUGUCAAAAUUGAAGUAUAAAAUAGGUGCCCAUAAGAUUGAGAACCAAGUAGAUGGCAUUUACAAUGUCCCUAUUGAGAUCUCAAAAAAAGGCUUUUCUCAUUGGGAAAAUGCUUUGGUUGGAUACUUCAUUGAUAAAAGAUUCUCUUUCCAUUAUGUGAAAACUUGGGCGGAGAAACUUUGGGAAAAUUUGCUUGAGAACGUUUUGUACAAUGUUCCUUUGGAACUUUUGAGUGAAGAGGGUUUGGGUUACAUAGCUAGCAUCUUGGGAACUCCUCUUUAUUUGGAUGAGCCAACUUUUAAGAGAAGCAGACUUACGUUUGCGAGAAUUUGUAUUGAAGUGCCAGCAAAUAAAGAGAUCCUUAAGUCUUUCAAAAUAAAUUUUGGCUAUGGUGACCCAUAUGAGAUUCAAGUUGAGAUACCAUGGAAGCCCCAAAGUUUAUUUUCGGACGAGAGCCGCAAGCUUCUCGACCAGACUGCCGCCGCGGUGGCGCUUCCUCGGCCGUUGGAUUUCUCCGGGAUUGAAGAUGUAUCGCAGAUUGUGAAAUCUUCGGUUUCCGGUGAAUUGGCCUCCAUUAGUGAGCUUUGCGCGGUGAAACGGACUCUGCGAUCGGCGAGGGAGUUGUUUGAGAAGCUGGAGGAGCUUGCUUUGCACGAUGACGAUUCUUCUGAAAGGUACUUGCCUCUGCUUGAUAUUCUUCGGAGUUGCAAUUUCCUGAGUGAGUUGGAGCAAAAAAUAGGAUAUUGCAUAGAUUGUAAUUUUUCAAUAAUUCUUGAUAGAGCUAGUGAAGAUUUGGAGAUUAUUAGGUCUGAAAGGAAGAGGAACACGGAAAAUCUAGAUUCUCUGUUGAAGAAAGUAUCAGCUCGGAUUUUUCAGGGGGGAGGUAUUGACAGACCGCUAAUAACAAAGCGUCGAUCUAGGAUGUGUGUUGGUAUUAGGGCGUCGCAUAGAUCUUUGCUUCCAGAUGGUAUAGUUCUGAAAAUUAGCAGCUCUGGAGCAACAUACUUUAUGGAACCCAAAGAAGCAGUGGAGUUGAAUAAUUUGGAAGUAAGACUUUCAAAUUCUGAAAAGGUGGAGGAGCAAGCCAUUUUGAGCUUGUUUACAUCUGCGAUUGCUGAAUCAAACAUAGAGAUUAAGUAUUUGUUGGAUAGAAUUCUUGAACUUGAUCUUGCUUUAGCAAGAGCUGCUCAUGGUCAGUGGAUGCAUGGUGUCUGUCCGAAUUUAACGACAGACGGUUUUGAAUCUUAUGAAACUGAUUCUUCUUUGUUAAUAGAUAUUGAAGCUAUACAACAUCCACUACUCCUAGAGACCUUUCUGAAAAAUUCACCAGAUCUUAUUGCAUCCAAAUCUGGGAGUUCAGAUCCCUUAAAUAGGGGAAAUGGUGCAAUGAAGUCUGAAGCUUUUUCUGAUUCAUGUGAUUUUCCUGUGCCUAUUGACAUCAAAGUUGGAUGUUCAACCAAGGUGGUUGUGAUCUCAGGACCUAACACUGGAGGCAAAACUGCUUCAAUGAAAACUCUAGGCUUGGCUUCUGUAAUGUCAAAGGCUGGGAUGUAUUUGCCUGCUAAGAGGCAGCCAAGGCUUCCAUGGUUUGAUCUUAUUCUGGCUGACAUUGGAGAUCACCAGUCUCUAGAACAAAAUCUCUCGACUUUUAGUGGGCACAUAUCGCAGCUAUGUAAGAUGUUGGAAGUGGCCUCAAAAGAAUCACUUGUCCUUAUUGAUGAAAUUGGGAGUGGGACUGAUCCUUCAGAAGGCGUGGCUCUUUCAGCCAGCAUCUUGCAGUAUUUAAAAGAUAGGGUUAACUUAGCUGUAGUGACUACCCAUUAUGCAGAUUUAACUCGCCUCAAAGAAAGGGAUACUCGGUUUGAGAAUGCAGCAAUGGAAUUCUCGCUGGAGACUUUACAACCUACCUAUCAGAUUCUGUGGGGAAGCAGAGGUGACUCAAAUGCCUUGAGUAUUGCUAAAUCAAUUGGCUUUGAUGACAAAAUAAUUGAACGCGCACAAGUAUGGGUGGACAAGUUGAUGCCAGAAAAACAGAAGACAAGGCAAAGUUUGCUGUAUCAGUCGUUAAUGGAAGAAAAAAACAGAUUGGAAACUCAAGCAAGGGGAGCUGCAUCUCUCGGUUCAGAUAUUAUGAAUCUUUAUCGUGAGAUUAGAGAUGAGGUUGAGGAUCUUGAUAGGCGUGAGGCAGUUCUUAUGGCGAACGAAACCCGAAAGGUCAAACGAGAGCUAAAAGCUGCAAAAUCUCAGAUAGAAAGUGUAAUACAAGAGUUUGAGAGUCAACUUAGAACCACAAGUGCUGAUCAAUUUAGUUCGCUCAUCAAGAAAUCGGAGUCUGCAAUUGCAUCCAUUGUUGAAGCACACUGCCCCAGUGAUGAUUUCUCUGUCAGAGAAACAGCUGACAAUUCUUAUACCCCACAAAUCGGUGAGCAAGUCCACGUGGAGGGGUUAGGAAAUAAGUUGGCUACUGUAGUUCAAGCUCUGGAUGAUGAUAACACUGUUCUUGUGCAAUAUGGAAAAAUCAGAAUCCGUGUCAAUAAAAGCAAUAUCAAAGCUCUUCGAAAUAAGAAUGCAAUUGCUGCAAAAAGUUCUGUCCAAAACAUGAAAAGGCAGGGUCAGCCGAGAAAAAAUGCGAGGAAUCUUUCAGAGUUCAGCAAUGAUAAGGAGGUCUCUUAUGGACCUGUGGUGCAAACAUCAAAGAACACAGUGGACUUGCGCGGUAUGCGAGUCGAGGAAGCUUCACAUUUCCUCAACACAGCCAUCAGUUCAAAAGGAUCUAAUUCAGUUCUGUUUAUAAUACAUGGAAUGGGCACCGGGGUUGUUAAGGAGUGUGCAAUUGAAAUAUUGAAAAAUCAUCCACGUGUUACUAAGUUCGAACAGGAAAGUCCAAUGAAUUACGGUUGUACAGUUGCUUAUAUCAAUUGAAAUGUCGCUCUUUUUUAGACUAAAAUAGGCCACAGUCACUAUGUAUGACUAAUUUUCUAUAAUGAUAUGCUUGUAGCUCCACUGAUGAUGUUUUCCUUCUGUCUCUCUCUCUAUGUUAUAGAUAUACUGAUAACCGGAAAUGAAUUGUUGCAUACGAAAAUAAGAGGUUUUUUUUGAAGCAAUAUGUAUGAUGUUUUGUUUUUGCUCUA